UCUCGCAGGGCCGCUGGUCGUCGGCAGCAAUAAUUGUGGUCUAGUGGUUCUAGUUGCGUGCGAAAUCGCGCACCCGGAAGGUUAGCUAGGCGGCCAUUUUCCGCCGUGCCGUGGUGCUGUGCCAGUGUGAUCGAGAAACGAAGGAAUCGGGUCGACACGCGCGUGACUUACAGAGCUGCCGCUGCGGCACUAACUGCUCGAAGUGAGAAACGGUGCGCGAAACGGAGCGACAGUGAAAGUGACGCAGUGAAACUCGCCUCGCGGGACAUCGCUCAAAAAGGUCGCGUUCAAUAGUUUAUCGAGACCGGAGGAGCUGGUGGCGAAUUUUCAAGCCUUCCAUUCGACUCUGGGCAUGGCCGCAGGGUCCGGCAACAACCAAGAUGCCACCGGGCGUAGCUAGCCAGCAAACUCCGAGACAUCAGCUGUCACGGUACGGGCUGCCGGUCCGUGUCACCGUGUCCUAGCUUCGGUACGCGAUGCUUGCAGGCUCGGGAAACCGACGCUGAACACCUUCGCUUACCUCUGUCGCACCGUACCUCAGGCCUACUAUCUUCGCCAUCGUCCAUCGGAUCGAGCCGCAGCAUCAUCCGGUCCGCGGGGUCCAACAUUAUGAUAGAUUCAGUCGUGCGUCGUGUUUCGAGUGUCUGAAGACGACACUUGCACUUUCUGAUGCACUUUCCGGUGAUCCGUUCACCGGAAACCGUGUAGAACUAAUGUGCGUUGUGUGUUCCGAGUGUAUUACUGCAGUGUGUCGUGCGAAUCCGCUUGACGGACGAUAAAAACUGUAACAUGGUGAACUGUUCCAGUCUAAACGAAAGCCUACGGUGCGGAUUUGGCGAGCAUUGUUGAGGAGAGGAUCCGGUAAACAUAUCCUACCCUACCGGGACGACAAUUCUCCGUUCUUUCGCGGUCAGUCCCGCAUCAACACACACACCUGGACCUCUUGGAACCUCCUGGAACCAGCGGGACCGCCACCCAAAGCACCGGACAACACUGUAUGAUGAGAGGACGACGGAUUCCGAUCGCACUACCGAACACUGGUGCACUGUCCCGCAGACGACACACGCUCUACAUCCGUUCCGCCAUCAUUGUAUUCAUUCUGUUUGCGUUUCUACAGUUCCAUGUGAUAAACUAUGACUCCUCCGACGGUGGAUCCAGCGACAGUACCAACUAUUCGACGGCAGCGAUCCUGCAGAUGGUGCCGCCGGUGUUUCAUAAAUAUUUGACCGGAAAGCCCCGCAACGCAACGCACGCUCAAAACGGCACCCACUUCGGUAGCGACGGCCCCCGGGCGGCCAACAUCAGUGAGAUCCUGCGCAUGAUACACCGCUACAACGAGCUGCAGACGGUCCUGAACGAGGACAUCUACGGUCCAUUACAAAAUGAUUCUGUGAUAAUAGUAGUGCAGGUACACAAACGAAUAACUUACUUACGGCACUUAAUUGUAAGUUUGGCCCAGGCAAGAGACAUUUCGCGCACGUUGCUCGUCUUCUCGCACGAUCACUACGAUGACGACAUCAACGAUCUGGUGCAGAGCAUAGACUUCUGCAAAGUGAUGCAGAUUUUCUAUCCCUUCUCGAUACAAACGCAUCCGAGCGAGUUCCCCGGUGCCGAUCCGGGCGAUUGCCCAAGGGAUAUUAAAAAGGAGCAGGCGUUGUUGCGAAAGUGCAACAAUGCACUCCACCCCGACCUGUACGGCCACUACCGGGAGGCCAAGUUCACCCAAACCAAACACCACUGGUGGUGGAAGGCGAAUCGAGUGUUUGACCAGCUGGAAGUCACAAAGUACCACACGGGUAUGGUAGUGUUCCUGGAGGAGGACCACUACGUAGCGGAAGACUUCCUCUACAUCCUGGAGCUGAUGUUCCGGAAGUCGCAGGACCUGUGCCCCAAGUGCAACAUACUGUCGCUGGGCACGUAUCUCAAAACGUUCAACUACUACACGUACAACAAGAAGCACCAGCAACAGCAGAAGCUCCUGCAGCAGCAGCGCCAGCUACAGCAGCAACAGUUGCUGCUAAAGCAGCAACUAAAGCGCCAACAGGAGCAGCAGCAGCAACCGGACCAGCCAGAGUCGGGCCAGCCGCAGGUGACCACCGAAAAGUAUGCAUCGCAGUCGCAGUGGGGCUACCAGGUGCUGCCGACACUGUACUCGAUCUAUCAGAAGGUCGAGGUCACGCCGUGGGUCAGCAGCAAGCACAACAUGGGCAUGGCGUUCAACCGGACCACGUGGUACGAGGUGGUGCGCUGUGGGCGCCACUUUUGCGAGUACGACGACUACAACUGGGACUGGUCGCUGCAGCACGUCUCGCAGCAGUGCCUGAAACAGAAGCUGCACGUGAUGGUCGUGAAGGGGCCCCGGGUGUUCCACAUCGGCGAAUGCGGCGUACACCACAAGAAGAGCAACUGCGAGUCGAACCAGGUGAUAUCGAAGGUGCAGCAGGUACUGAAGGUGGCCCGCGGUUCCCAGCAGCUGUUCCCGCGCUCGAUCUCCCUGACGCAGACGAGCGUGAUCAAGAAGACGAAACUGCGCAAGGGCAACGGUGGCUGGGGCGACCAGCGUGACCAUCAGCUGUGCUUCAACAUGACGCUCGUGGGGAGAUAAUAAACUGAGAGACCCCCCCGAAGCCGAGUCCUUCCACGGCACGCACAUUCCGGUUUGAUUUCGUUCCAUCGGCCCAUUGGUGUGGGCACGACGCAAUACAACGACUAGGAGCCAGGACAGAUGCCGCGUAGGGCGCCACUCGUUGCGGUUGAUCGGUUUAAGAACAGCUAAACCAAAAUAACGUCAGUUGUUAGUUUUGUAGUAAGCAAUGCAAAGAAAUUAGGUUGGUUAGGUUAGGUUGCUUACAAACCGUGUACAUUCUGUUUGAGUUCACGGGCUCAGCCGGCCGGCAGUCGGCUAGGUUUUAACGAACGUUACCAAAAAACUGGCGCUCCACAAGCUGGGGGGGCGCCUUACCAAGACACAAGUAUUAGAGUUAGAUUUUAUAACAGUGUAAGACACACGAACAGUCGAAUCAUCGAAAUCGGGUAGGACGUACCCUCGAGCUAGCUACCAAACUAUUUAAUUUUUUCCUACCGUUGUUAUGUAAUCAGUCAAGCUAGUUCGGUUAUUGAUUGUUAUGGAGACGUUGGACCAAUCCUGGCGCUCGGCAAUCACGGGCGGAGGCGGAGUGUGUAUGGUUUUGAAGUAUCUCAUUAAUUUAUUUCAACUAUAACGGUCGGCCGAACCGCUCGAAAAUACAUUUCAACUGUGUAGUCACCACCGUUCUAGUCGCUCGGGUGUAGAUCUGUUUCCCUUCCGUUACGUUUCGGUUUUCAAUUCACCCCUACCCCACGUUGCAAUAGGGCGUUCGCGUGUAACAGAACCGUGUUAAAAACGUUGAUUUGAGAACGGUGGAUUGAACUGAAAAGCCACAUCGUGACACCCGGGCGCCCGGGUACUGCACUGGCCAGUGCAGUAGAGUAGUGGCUUCGUAACAUCCCGUGUCCCCGUGUUGCCGUAGUAAGUAAGUGUGAUGUUAGGUGUAAUGGUAACGAAAACAAUAAAACUAUGGAAAAAAGCACACACGAAUAAAUAGAACGAAUGUAAAUACAAAC